ACUCAAAGAUAGGAAUGACUUUUCCGACGCUGUUGACUUUGGAACGCAAGUGGAAGAGAAAAAAGGCUGAGACUGAGGACGUCGGGCCGUGCUGGGAUUUCUUGUUGAUGGAUUUCUGACUUGUGAUCCGAAAUGCCUGCGCUGGAUUUAUCCGUCAGAUUUCUCCUACUCUUGUCGCUCUGGUGUUUCAGCGGGAAAUGUGAAAUUCAAAAAUCCGACCCUUCUGCACCCACCGGAAUCAAACCUUUUCACGAUGACGUUAACGAAGCUCAGGCUUUCCCCGAGGAAGAGCGGGCUAGUCUUCCCGUGUUUACGAUGGACUAUCCACGGAUACAAGUCCCGUUUGAGUUCACUUUAUGGGUUCUGUUGGCUUCCUUUGCCAAAAUCGGAUUCCACAUUUACAAAAAUAUCACAAUCUGGAUCCCAGAAUCGUGCCUGCUCAUCGCUAUCGGACUCAUCGUCGGCGCCAUUAUGCAUUCGGUCAAAGAGGAACCGCCGGCAGUGCUCACCUCCAAUGUCUUCUUUCUCUACAUGCUUCCGCUUAUCGUCUUGGAAAACGGCUACUUUAUGCCCACUAGGCCCUUUUUUGAGAACGUCGGAACCGUGCUGUGGUAUGCGGUGGUGGGAACGCUGUGGAACAGCAUCGGCAUCGGACUCUCGCUCUUCGCCAUUUGUCAGAUCGAGGUCUUUGGAGUCCAAGAUAUCAACCUGCAGGAGAAUUUGUUGUUUGCGUCCAUCAUCUCAGCCGUGGACCCCGUGGCCGUGCUCAACGUGUUUGACGAUAUCGGCGUGAACGAGCAGACGCACAUCGUCAUCUUCGGGGAGGGGCUGUUCAACGAUGCUGUCACUGUGGUACUUUACAGCAUGUUUUCCUUUGUGGCCGACAUGUCAACUUUCGAAUCCACCGACGUGUUCCUGGGCGGGGCCCGGUUCUUUGUGGUGGGGGCCGGGGGUCUCCUUUUUGGCCUCGUGUUUGGCUUUGUAGCCGCCUUCACCACACGUUUCACCCACAACGCCCGCCAGAUCGAGCCCCUCUUUGUCUUCAUGUUCAGCUACCUGGCGUACCUGGUGGCUGAGCUGUUUGCCAUCUCCAGCGUCCUCGCGAUUAUCACAUGCGCUAUAACCAUGAAGUACUACGUGGAGGAAAACGUCUCCCAGAGGUCCUGCACCACCAUCCGUCAUGUGGUCAAGAUGUUGGCCACCAUCUCGGAAACUCUCAUCUUCUUCUUCCUGGGCGUCGUAACCAUCACGACGGAACACGAAUGGAAUUGGGCCUACAUCCUCUUCACUCUCCUCUUCGCGCUGCUCUGGAGAGGAGUCGGCAUCCUGGUUCUGUCUCAGAUCGUCAACCCCUUCCGGACCAUUCAGUUCACCUUCAAGGACCAGUUUGGUUUGGCCUACGGGGGCGUACGCGGGGCCAUCUGCUUUGCUCUGGUCUUCACUCUGCCCGACACCAUCAACAGGAAGAACCUGUUUGUCACGGCGUCCAUCGCCAUCAUCAUAUUCACCGUCUUCAUUCAGGGUAUCAGCAUUCGUCCCAUCAUAGAGUACAUGAACAUCAGGAGGACCAACAAAGACUUGGGAACCAUCAACGUAGAAAUACAUAACAGAGUGAUGGAGCACAUAGUUUGCGGUAUUGAGGACCUAUGUGGACAAUGGAGUCACUACUACUGGAAGGACAAGUUUAAGAAGUUUAACGACCGUUUUUUGAGGCGGAUUCUGCUUCGAGACAACAGGGCGGAGUCCAGCAUCGUGUCUCUGUACAAGAAGCUGGAGCUCCAGACGGCCAUCGAUUUGCUGGACACGCCAGUUGGAGACCUGAGCGCGGCGCCGUCCAUUGUUUCUCUGCACGAUGAGAGGAAGGACGCGUCUCGAUCAAAGAAGAAGUUCCUGGCCGCUGACAUACGGAAGAUGCAUGACAUCCUGUCCAAGAACAUGUACAAGAUCAGGGAGAGGACGAUGGCGUACACCAACAAUUCCAACUUGGCUGAAAACAGCCGAGCAAGGGAGAUUUUAAUUCGGAGACACGCUAGCAUCCGACGUAGCAUCCGAUCUGGAAGUUUCCGAGAAAUGGCUGCUCAAAAUUUGUCCAAAUCCCAGAAGUACUACUCCCUUCAGCCGGGACUCGAUCCAGAAGUCGCGUUCCCUCUUAGAAGACGAAAUCAUGGAACAGGGGCGUCGCCAAGCUCCUCGUCACGCUGGUUAAUGUCAACAAGGCGGCUGAACGCAAUCAAGGAAUCAACCCUCGGAGGAGGACAUCCUGCUUCUUCUCCCGAUGUCGAUGUUUUGGACGAGAGAAACCCCAGCAAAAAGACACCGGUUGCAACCCCGCGCCGCCGCAACUCGGAGCGUACAUCAAAACAUCCAGGAGAACCGGAGGAACAUGUAGCUCCUCCCACGUUGGGUAACCAGAACAGCAGAGAUCCCGGGGUUGGUGACCCACUUCUUGGAACGACAUCACAAGGUCAAAGGUGAAAGACAGAUGAAAGUUCCGAAGUUGGACUUGGUGGACUUGCUGGGAACUCGUGCAGGAGUGGGAAUACUACAAAUCCCACUGUCGUCGUUCCAAUGCUAAGCUAAUACAAGGAUAGUAUCGCUAAUAUUGAUACUUUUUACGUGAACCAUUUUUGCCUUGUUUGCUUUGUUCAAUGAAAAUGAGACUUAAGAUGUAAUAUUUUACAGUAUUAUAGACCUAUCCAUUUUUACACUUGUACCUAGGUGGUGUAAAGUACAGCUGCUGCCCUUAACAUUAUAUUUUAGUCUGUAAAGUUUGGAAAAAAAAAGCUUGCGCCUAACUAAAUUCAGGUUUAAGUGAUAUUUUAAUGGGUCAAAUAAAAUUUUACUUUGUACCUUAAAUUUGGCCAUGUG